ACGAAGAGGAGAGGGGGAGAACAGAGGAAAAGUUAACUUUUAACAUUAGGUGGAAAGGUAUAAAAUGUUUCAGCACUGUUGAAUUUGGCCUGUUUGCUGCAGCCCUCCUCACCAGCGGAAACCUCUGAUCAAGGCAGCAGAGAAACUACCCAAACGCCAUCAUGACCCACCAGUUUCCAGCUCUCUCUCCGGAGCAGAAGAAGGCUCUCUCUGACACAGCGCAGAGGAUAGUGGCUUCUGGCAAAGGAAUCCUGGCUGCAGAUGAAUCUGUGGGUACUAUGGGCAACAGACUGCAGCGCAUUAAAGUGGAGAACACAGAAGAGAAUCGCCGCACCUUCCGUGAUAUCCUCUUCUCUUCAGAUGCCUCCAUCAGUCAGCAGAUUGGGGGUGUAAUUUUUUUCCAUGAGACCCUCUAUCAAAAGGAUAAUAGUGGAAAGCUCUUCCCAGCUGUCAUCAAAGGCAAGGGCAUCGUGGUUGGAAUCAAGCUGGAUAAAGGCACAGCUCCACUGGCAGGGACAAAUGGAGAAACCACCAUUCAAGGUCUGGAUGGCCUUGCUGAACGUUGUGCUCAGUACAAGAAAGAUGGAGCUGAUUUUGGCAAGUGGCGUGCUGUGCUGAAAAUCUCAGAUACAACUCCUUCUACUCUUGCCAUCCAGGAGAAUGCUAACACAUUGGCACGUUACGCCAGUAUCUGCCAACAGCAUGGACUAGUCCCAAUUGUGGAACCUGAGAUCUUGCCUGAUGGAGAUCAUGACCUCCAGCGGUGCCAAUACGUAACAGAAAAGGUGCUGGCUGCUGUUUAUAAGGCUCUGAAUGAUCAUCAUGUCUAUCUGGAGGGGACACUACUGAAACCCAACAUGGUCACUGCUGGACAUGCAUGCACCAAGAAGUACACCCCUGAAGAAGUGGCCAUGGCAACAGUUACAGCUCUCCUCCGCACUGUCCCUGCUGCUGUUCCUGGAAUCUGUUUCCUUUCUGGAGGCCAAAGUGAAGAGGAGGCUUCCAUCAACCUCAAUGCCAUCAAUCUGUGCCCUCUACCUAAACCUUGGAAGCUGACUUUCUCCUAUGGACGGGCCCUGCAGGCGUCGGCUCUUGCUGCCUGGUCUGGCAAACCUGAAAACAAGAAGGCUGCCCAAGAGGCCUUCAUGAAACGGGCAAAGAUCAAUGGUUUGGCUUGCCAAGGCCAAUACAUCACUUCUGGAAAGAGCAGCGGGGCAGCCACUCAGUCGCUUUUUACUGCCAGUUACACAUACUAGUGUAUUAAGAGUGCAGCUAGCAGGCUUGUUGCUCUUUGGAAUAAGCAGGGGGUCCAAAAGGUGGUGGUGGUAGGGAAGAACUAUGGCAUGCUACAUCUCAUUAAAAAGCUGCAAAUGAAUGGAUUGGAAUCUUUGCACACUAGUAAUCCUUAGCACAAGAGUAAAAACAUAUUUUUACUACACCUACAUAUUCCCCCAAAUUGGAGGGGUUUAUGGAUCUAUCCUUCACUGCCUUCAAUCCUCUGUUUGAAUAACCAGCUCCUUUUCUGGUUUCUAUAGCAGCAAAGGAAUGGGAUGACUAUAGCCCUUAUUUUGUUAUAAAAAGGAUGAAGAAUCAAGUUGCUAGCUGACAUAGAAUAAUGGUAAGACAAAGAAAUAUGGAAUGCCUUUUUCAGUCCAUUAUUUUUGCAAUGCAUUAACUGUGAAUAAACUUCCUGCCAUGUGGAAAAAAAAUAAAUCCUUGUGAAACUCAA